AUGGCGGACAACGAUCCAGGCUGUCCGAUCCAAGGCAAGCCAGACCUUUAUGGGCUAGGCGUACGCCUUGGUCUUUACUUACAAUUCAUCGCUAUUGUGUUGGCGAGACCGUCAGUGAAACCCACCUUCAAAGCCAUCGCUGGCUCGACUGUCGCUUUCGUCCUCGCUAAUUUCAUCGUCCUCGUCAAGGAGAGCGCGUCGAGGACUCUAUUUGCUCCGGAGGCAUACCUCCUCUUCCUCCUCCUUGUUCCACAACUCAUGGUGAACAUUAUAAACCUUGAUAUAUCUAGGAAACACAUAAAUCCUCGUAGUGCCAUCACCCUGCUCUUAUGGGGAUCAUUUUGUUUCUAUUUCAGCUGGUUUUGGUGGGUGGGACUGGACGUCUUACCGGCGUCCGGCUGCGAAGAUGAAUUUGGGUUCUUCUUCACCAAGGUCAGCCUCCGAGGUUGGUUCAGAACUUUUAACAAGGUCCUUUGGACAAUAUCAGAUAUUGCGUUUGUCAUGAUCAUAUCAGCAACUGCAAUUCAAGUCCUGAUGACAUAUUUGUCCCGAGAAGGAGACGAUCUAAGAGUCGCAAGGCUUACCGACGAAGAAAUCACUCAUAACACACUUCAACAUAUUUUCCUGCAGGGUUGGAGCUUUCUCCCAUUUGCUAUUUCCGUCUCUGGUGCCGAAAUAACACUUCGGUACAAUGAUAUCCGGGGUGUUAACACCGUAAACUCGGCCAGUCAGCUCGUCCCUUUAGUCCUUGCCCUUGGCUUGUUGGUGCACGUCAUCGGAAAUACGUUAGCAAGGCUGGCCUAUGGGUUUCGACAUGCUUUCGACGAAGAUGCAGCAAGCAGGCUGGAUAAUAAUAACGACCAUGAUCGUAGUUUAACACGAACCGACGUUGGGCGCGAGCUGCGGGAAGAGCGGGGGUGGCUGGGCGUUGUUGGUCGCUUUCUUUUCCGAUUUUGUUGUGCAUUUGCUGUAGGAUACAACCAGGAAGAAGUGAAGCCGGCGCAUCCAAAUUCCGCGGGUUGCCCAAAGAGGAACCAUUGUACAGAAGUAGGCAUCGAGCUGGAAGGUGGUCCGCGACCUUAA